GCUGAGGCAGGGCGGGCCGCGAGCUAGUGUGCUGGCGCAGCGGCAGGCCGGGCUGAAAUGGUGCCUCCUCUGCCUUCGCUCCAGUUGCUUCUCCUGGCAGCUCUGGCGGAGCUCCUGGGUCCCAGCGAGGUGGUGACUGAGCGGGCGGAGGAGGCGGGAGCCGGUUGUUCCGAAGGCCUGUGGCCUCUGCCCCCACAGGUGUUACCAAGAGUGACCUACGUGCAGGUGAGACCAGGGCAGGCUGAGGGCGUCACCUUCCUCUACCACCCCUGUGCCCACCCCUGGCUGAAGUUGCAGUUUGCCCUCCUGGCUCAUGUUUGUGUGGCCAAGCCCACACUCACCCCUGACUCCAACCUCACUAGGGACUGGCCCCUGGUGCUGACAGCAUGGGGAAUGGCACUGGAGAUGGCAUGGGUGGAGCCAACUUGGGCUGCCCACUGGCUGAAGAGGAGGCAGCUGCGGAAGCAGAGGAAGAAAGCCCCAGCUUUGGCCUUUGCUCUGCGUAGCUGGAGGCCUCCUGGUGCAGAGGUGACAUCCAGAGGGCCCAGGCAACCCUCUCCUGGUGGUGCCAAGAGGAGGAGGCUGCGAGCGGUCCUUAGACUCCAGCCCACUCCCUCAGGCCUGAGGGUUCCGUCUGCUUCCCCAUGGAGCUUAAAGACCCAGCAGCCCAUUUUAGAAUCCCUGGAUGAGGGCGGUAAUGCCUUAUCUGUGCCUCCUGUUCCCUUGCUGCCUGGGGGUCCUAGAAGCAAUACUGGCUCCAGGACAGAGGCUCAGCUACCCAACAGGCAAGGCAGCCCAGGAGGUUGUGCCUGCCCAAGUCAGGCUUCCUUGGCCCCUAGGGCUGCAGCGCCUCCCCGGGCAGCUCAGGGCCCUACCCCUCGCACGGAGGAGGCCGCUUGGGCAGCUAUGGCCCUGACCUUCCUGCUGGUGCUACUCACCCUGGCCACACUCUGCACGAGGCUGCACCGAAACUUCCGCCGAAGCGAGAGCAUCUACUGGGGGCCCACAGCGGACAGCCAGGACACAGUGGCUGCUGUGCUGAAGCGGAGGCUGCUGAUGGCCCCACGUCGGGUCAAGCGCUCUCGCCGGAGACCCCUGCUCCCGCCCACGCCGGAUAGCGGCCCAGACGGGGAGAGUUCCGACUGAUCGCUGCGGCUGCCCGUAGGCUCCUCCUCCCGCUGGGAGGCCUCGACCUCUGCCACGUGGGAUGUGCUCAGGGACACCCCCUGGCGGGGCAGCCUUGCGAACGCAUUGCGGAGGCUCCGCCUCCAC